AUGGCCCGCUGCCUGGCAUACUACAGAGGAAGCCCAUCCCAGGAGAUCACGGCAAGGACCAUCUCAGAGUUCCAGACCUACAUCCUGGCACUGCCGGCAUGGGCAGCUGAGGUGGCCACAGCGAGUGCAGCACCUGCUGACCUGAAUGCGUUCAAACCGUUCAUCAAAGCAGAGGAGGACAGUGACGAGUUCUUCGAAGAUUUCAAAAGAUUUACAAAAUUGCUCCCUCUGCUUGGGUCCCCCUGCUCGCCGGGAAGUUAA